AUGUGGAAUUUACCAAGAUCCUCUUUGCCUGACUACUUCUUCUUCCUCUUCCUUCUCCAACUUCCUUCCACCUACUCAGGACAAUUCACAGUAGUAGGACCAGCUCACCCAAUCCAGACCUUUAUAGGGGAUGAGAUUGAGCUGUCAUGCCAUCUUUCACCUGCUAAGAAUGCAACAGGAAUGGAGAUCGGCUGGUAUCGGCCUCCCUUUUCUCGAGUGGUUCACCUCUACCGAAAUGGAAAGGAUCAAGAUGUGGAGCAGGCAGCUGAAUACCGAGGGCGAACAAAACUGGUGAAGGAUGCCAUAGGAGAAGGGAAAGUAACCCUAAGAAUCCAGCAUGUGAGAUUCUCUGAUGAGGGAGGAUACACCUGCUUCUUCCGAGAUCACUCAUACCAAGAAGAGGCAGCAAUGCAGCUAAAGGUGGAAGAUCCAUUUUAUUGGAUUAACCAUGGAAUGCUGGUUCUGAUUGCUGUCCUGCCCAUUCUCAUCCUGCAGAUCACCAUUGGCCUUGGUUUCCUCUACUUGCAGCACAGACUAAAAGGCAAACUCCAAGCAGAGAUUGAGAAUCUUCAUAGAACUUUUGAUCCCUAUUUCCUGAGAGUGCCCUGCUGGAAGAUAGCACUUUUUGUGAUUGUGCCAGUUCUUGGGCCCCUCAUUGCCAUGAUCAUCUGUUACAAUUGGCUUCAUCGAAGAUUGGCAGGACAAUUCCUCGAAGAGUUAAGUAAGUUCAUCUUUCCUCCCGUCCAUAUGCUUUGA